UCUAGAACUAGGAAUACAAGUACUACAAGGAUAAAGGUUUAUCCUUAAUAUGUCCCGCAAAAUGGAUGCGGCGUCAGCAAGCUCAAUCUUGAAGCAGAGAAGGAGGAAGCAGGCGGAGGGAAGUGGCUUAGUAAGAAUGUUCGCAAGCUGAGAAGUUGUAGCCUGUAGGCACAUGAUAGACGAUGAGUUGCUUGGCUUGGACAAGCUGACGUACGAAGUGGUAAUCGAACACAAGAUGCUUCAUUUGCGAGUGAAACACGGGGUUGGAACUGAAGUUGACCGCCCCCAUGUUGUCAGAGAAGAGAAUCAGGGCACGCAGAAGUGGUGGCCGCAGCUCGGAGAGAAGAUUGAAGACCAAGCGGACCUCAGAGAGUGGCGAGAGUGAUUGCCAUAUAUUAUGCAUCAGUACUGGAACGAGCCACCGUCUUUUGUUUCUUGGAUUUCCAUGAAAUUAAGGUAUCGCCAAGAUAGAGAAGAAAACCAGACGUGGAAGUGCGAUCAUCCAGAUCACCCGCCUAGUCAGAGUCAGAAAAUACUCAGACACGAAGUGGAGUGGACUGACGGCGAUUGUGAAGGCCGAGAGAGCUAGUGCCAGCUAGGUUGCGGAGGAGGCGCUUAACAUGCUACCAGUGGAGGGAGGCCAGGGCAUGCAUGUAUAGAGAAAAUUUGUUGACAGUAAAUGCGAUGUCCGGUCGAGUAGUGACCAGGUACUGGAGUGCACCAAGAUCUUGGCGAUACAAUGUGCCAUCAACAUGAACAGUGCCAUCAGUAAUAAGGAGAUGAGCCAUGCAAGCUAGGGGGAGGUGACGGGUUUCGCAUCCUGCAUUUCAAAUUGAGUACGUAUGUAUCCUGAUGUACUUGUUCUAAGACAAUGUGAAACCAGUAGGAGUAAGGAUGACUUCAAUUCCCAGGAAGUAAUUCACCUGGCCCAGGCAACGGAGAGCAAACCGCGUGGCCAAUUGUUCCUGGAAUGUAUGGAGAAACUCGAAGUUAUUGCCGAUGAGUAGAAGAUCGUCCAUAUACAUGAGGAAUUAGGCAAAAACUCCAUGGUGAUGAUAGAAAAACAACGACGCAUCAGACUGAGUCUUAGUAAACCCACAUUGUACAAGGAACGAGCUUAACUCGUCGUAUCACGCUCGAGGGGCUUGACAAAACCUGUAGAUAGCCUGGCACAGCUGACACACAUGAUUAGGGAACUGGGAUCUCAACAUUCAGGAGGUUGAGCCAUGUAGACCUCUUCAUGAAGUGGACCCUGAAGGAAUGUGUUGUUGACAUUGAACUAAUGAAUAAGCCAGUUAUGAGAGAGGGCAAUGGUGAAGACUGCGAACUGUGACAGGCUUGAGAACAGGGUUGAAGGUCUCGUGGAAGUCAACUCCAGACCGUUGGUGAAGUCCCUUGGCGGCAGGACGAGUUUUGAAGCGUUCAAUGCUUCCAUCCACACGACGUUUGAUGCGAUACAACCACAUUGCUAAUGACGUUGUAGUGAGGAAGCUCGGGAACAAGAUCCUAACUACGGUUGGCAUGUAAAGCGUCAAACUCAACCCGUAGAGCAUCAUUCCAUUCCACAUAUUGAAGAGCUUCCUUGACCGACCUGGGCUCGAGAGGAGGAGUGACCUGCGAAGUAGACAAAAUUUAGGCAUACUUGCGGUUAGGUUUAUAGAUGUUGUCCUUUGCUCGAGUAACCAUAGGGUUGAAGGGAGGCAGAGGAGCUAGACGAGCAGAAGAUGUUGAGGCUAUGUCGUGUCGAGGAGGGGAGCUCUCCUGAGAAGGACCCGUCGGCCGUCGAGGGGGUCACAGGUCACUGGCUGGCAGUGAGCAAUGCAGUCAAAAUCUAGAUUUUAAGUAAAAUCGAAAACUGAGGUAGAAUCGAAAUCGUAGAUUAAAAUCGUAAAAUCGUA